UCAUUAGAAAUGUAUUAUAUUAUAUUAUUUUCUUAGUAACUUAUUUGGUUAUUUAUCAUAAUUUUUAUUUAUAUUUAGAUGUUUAUUAAUUUAUAUGUUGUAUUUUAUUGUAAUGAACUAGAUAGAAUGUCUCAUAAAAUCACCUUUUAACAGACAGACAUUUAGCAACAAAAUAUGAGUUGGUUUAAUCAGUUUGAUGCAUCUGGGUUUGCAAGUCUUGCAAAAACGGCUCUUAAAGAAGCGCAAAAGACUAUUGACAAAGCUUUGGACAUUAAAGACGAAGAUGAGAGUGAUGAAGUAUCCCAAGACCAAGAGUCUGAAACUCCAAGAGAAACGGAUAAUCAAGAUUCUCAACAAAAAAUUUCAAAAUUAGGUUCAAGUUUAUGGAAUUCAUUUACCAACUCAGUAUUUGAAAAUGAAGAUGAGGUGGUUGAUAAACAAAGUGAAAUGAGGCAAAGCAUGUCGUUAGAUUUAUCUAAAUCAUCUGCAGAUAAUGAUUUAAUUGUGGCAAAUCAACCAGCUAGAUCUACAGGACAAUCGCCAUCUACACAAGAUGAACAAUUUAAUGUCAUUGAAAUUGAUUCAGAAUCAAAUAUUGAUGUAGUUCGAAGGACGAAGAGUACAAGUUUUAACAAUACUAAUCGUCUUUCUGCUGUCAGUUGUGAUAGUGAUCGUAAAUCUACAAUAUCUACUGAUAGUGUUGAAAUACUUGGAUCAACAUCAACUACAACACCCGAGUCAUCAUCUAUAGAAGUCAUAACAUCAAGUUCAGUAGAAGUUUUGGCUGUUAUCACUGAACCAAAUAGAGCAAAUGAUGUACAAUAUUCACCAGAUACAAUAGAACCAAUUCCAGAAUUAAUCGAGGACGAUGAUAGUCUUACUUGCUCAAUAUCAGAUAAUGUAACAUGUAUGGCUAAUGAAGAUACUUUAACACCACAUCAUGGAGGAAUGUUACUGCUAAAAUCUACUACCUCAUCUUUAGAUACUUCUUUUACAGAAUUAUCAUCACCUCAUGAGAAUUCCGGAGGAUUAGAUAUACUAGAAGAAGAGUCUAUUGAACCAAGUUCUAAUAGAAAUAGUGUUAUAUUACAAACUGAUUACAUAGAAACAUUUGACAAUUUAAAGAAUGUCCAAAAUAGUAUGAAUAUUAUAAAUACAUUAAACACGAGUAACUCAUCAAUAGAUUUGUUAAAAGUAUCUGAUACUACUUUAGGAAGCAGUAGUUGUGAUGAUGAAACCAUGGUUGGUAGCACAAUAGAUGUAACAUCUGUGAAUGAACAACGUGAACCAUCACCACAAGCUUCUACAGAUAAUCAUUCAGAUUUCGUAAAAAUUGGUUCAAGCGAAACAAAUUCUUGUGAUGAACUUGAAACAUGGACCUCAUCUGAUAUUGAAGUAAUAUCUAGUCCUGCUACUAAUGAUGACAGUGAAAGUAAUGCAUCUCAUCGACAUAGCCCAGUAAAAUAUCAUCCUGACCAUAUACCAUCAUUUUUAUCUGGACAACAAUAUGGACCAAAAGACUUUGAAGAUCUUCUAAAAAAAAUUGUUGAAUUAAACUCUACAGUUAAAUCAAGAGAAUCAAAAUUAAUUGAUUUAAGUAAAAAAAAUGCCGAAUUAGCAGCCAAUAAUUCAGAAAUGAAAAGCCAAUUAGAUUAUUUAAACUCAAGUAAUUUAAAUGAAGAAUAUACUCAAAGAUUAGCAACAAUGGAGAAAAAGUUUCAACAAGCUAUUAGAGAAAAAGAUCAAUUACAAAAACAACUAGAUCAAAAUAAAAAUUCUGCACAAUUUAAAGUUCUUAUUGAAGAUAAAGACUCUCUAAUUAAAGAACUGAGAGACGAAGGAGAAAAAUUGAGUAAACAGCAUCUUACAUUAAAUAAUAUAAUAAAAAAACUACGAGUAGCUGAAAAAGAAUCAUUGAAAACUAUAAAUAAGUAUAAAGAUCAACAAGAAAAAUUAUCUCAAGAAGUAGAAAGAAUAAAAAAAUCAUUAGCUGCAAAAGAAGAGAUGGAAAGAAGUCAAAUUGAAGCUAUUCAUCAGUUAACAAAAUCUAAUCAACAUUUUGAAAAAGAAAAUAUAAAUUUACUGAGCCAAGUUGAUAAUUUAACAUCGACUCUAAUAUCACUUCAAAAAGAAAUUCAAGGUAAAGAAACUGCUGUGCUAGAAUUAAAAAAAGAUUCCAAUGAACUUAAGCUAAUAGAAAAAGACAAACAAGAUUUAGAAGAAAAAUUAUUAAAUAAAAAUAAACAUUGUGAAGAAAUGAAGAUUGUAAUAAGUAACUUAAAAUCAAAUCUUUGCAAAGUUGAAGAAAAUAAUUAUGUAUUGAUGAAUGAAUUAAAACAAGAAAAUCUUUCACUUAUUAGAAGAUUAGAAGAAUCUGAGAGAAGAAGAGAAAACUCAUUACAAGAAACUUUAAAAGCUACACAACCUUUAGUUAAAGAACUCGAAGAAAAAUCUGCCUUAGUAAAUACAUUAGAACAUGAAUUUGAAAAACGUGAACUGUUAAAUUUAAAAACAAUCGAUGAACUACAAACUUCAUUAAAUAAUGCAGAAAGUAAAAUAAAAUUAAUCGACUCUAAAAUACACGAAAGUAAUAUUUUUGAAAAAAAAUGUAGAGAGCAAAUUGAUAGUCUGUUACAAAAUGAAAAUGAUUUAAAAGUUAAAUUAGAAAAUUUAAAAGAAGAAAAUGAUGCAUUAAAAUUAAACUCAAAUAAUCUAGUAAAACUUGAAAAUGAACUUGCAGGAAGUAAAAAAUUACUUGCCGAUGCUACAUUAAAAAUUAAUACUCUUGAAAAUGAGUUGAAAUUUGAAAAAGAUAAACUAAAUGUAGAAAUUGAAAAAAGAAAAAAAUUACAACAUAAUACAUCUCAUCAAUCAUCUCCAACUACAAGUGUAGGAGUUCCCUCAGAAGAAUCUUCGUUUUGGCCAUCAUUUGCAGAUGAUGAUAGAAGCUCAGUUACAGAAAGGGCUUGUAGUAUUUAUGAUCCAAUGAGAACAUCAUUUAGUAACACAACUACAAUUUUAGAAAAUUUACAGUCACAAAUAAAAUUGAAAGAAGGAGAAGCACUCCAAUUGCAGUGGGAAUUAUCAAGAAGAGAUCAUGAAAGGGAUCAAUUGACAACUGGAUUAGCUGCACUUACUGCUAAAGUAGAAGAACAAUCCAUUUCACUAGUGGAACUUUCUGACCUUCAAAAACGAUAUGAUGCAUUAUUACAACUAUAUGGUGAAAAACUAGAAGAAAGUGAAGAAUUAAAACUUGAUCUUCAAGAUGUAAAAGACAUGUAUAAAGCUCAGAUCGAUGAACUACUUAAAAGAGAUAAAACAGGAUAAAAUAUCUUAUUAAAUAUUAUAAAUUAUUUCUUAA